GUCAGUUCUGCGUUCGAUUUCGAUUUUGACAGCUGGGUACCGAAAUUGGGAUAUAUUUAGGCUGUUGUGAGACAUCGAACAACACCAGCAGGUGAAGUAUCUAGUCCUGCAGCCGUGUCCACAGUUCUGGUGCUACAGCCCAGCACAGAAUAAAGGGGAGGUGCGAUUCUCACUGUAGUGUGGCCAGGAUUGACAGCCUGGGUCAGAGCUGACAUGAUGCAUGGAUACUAAUGAUGGACCGGGACUAACGAACCUUUAAAAGGUUAAUGACGGACAUGGACCGCUGGGUGUGCCCGAAUGACCGGCAGCUUGCCCUCAGGGCCAAGCUGGGUGCGGGCUGGUCAGUUCACACAAACAAGCUACAGACGUUUCACAAGAAUGACCAGAUGAGCCUGGAGGAACAGGAGCAGAUCAUGAAUGUGAUUCUGAAGGCAGAAUACCUGGAACAGGUGGAGCAGGAACGUAUCGGCCGGCUUGUGGACAAACUGGACAACAUGAAGAAGAAUGCCAUGGGGGAUGGGGCCUCUCAGUGUAUUUUGUGUGGCGAUGAAUUUGGCUUGUUGGGGGCAUCGCCUACAUACUGUGAUGACUGCAGGAAGGCGGUGUGUACUAAGUGCGGUGUGGACACCUAUAAUGUGAGUCGUCAGCCUCUCUGGCUGUGUAAGAUCUGCAGUGAGUCCAGGGAGGUUUGGAAGAGAUCAGGGGCCUGGUUUUUCAAGGGCAUACCUAAGUACACGAUCCCAGAGAAAAAGGUAGAGGCUGGAGGCCUAAAGUACCACGGUAGUCUGAACAGAGGUCGUCAUGAAGGUCGUUCCCAACGGGCCAAUCGGCCAGGCUCUGUCAGGACUUACAACACCUGGAGCAGAGGUGGCGCUGGUAGCUAUGGUGACAGCUCAGAACAGGAGAGUUCCAGCAGCUCUGAAGAUGAAGUCAGCAUUGGGCGACGGAAGAAUAAAGGUGGAAUUGAAUCUGAGAGUGAUAACAUAAGCAUAGGCAGUAACCAUCUUUACGGGUCCCAGGGUAUGGCAGAUAGCAAAACCAGCAUCACCAGUGGGAUACUCUAUGGGGGUCAGCUGAGUGCCACCGAAAGCAGCAGAGGGGAUGACCUCCACGAUGAGACGGACAGCGAAAAAUCAAGUAUGGGAGGAUUUAGCCGCACAGGCUCGCUGAGGUCGGGUUCAGAGAUGAUACCACCUAAACUAGAGGAGGAGGGGGACAUUGAUCAGGCAUUCAAUCGCUACGGCAAACCCGGGGUGGAUGAGAUGGACGAUGCUGGCCCCUCCUCUCCUGACAGUGACGGAACAUCUUUAGGCACCCUGGAGUUUUCCUUACUGUACGACUCAGUGAACAACGCACUCCAUUGUACAGUGGUACGAGCCAGGGGUUUGAAAGCAAUGGAUUCCAAUGGACUGUCAGAUCCAUAUGUAAAGCUUCACCUCUUACCAGGAGCCAGUAAGUCAAACAAAUUGAGGACUAAGACCAUUCAUAAGACCCUGAACCCUGAGUGGAAUGAAACGCUGACAUAUUAUGGAAUCACAGAGGAAGACAUGAUCAAGAAAACACUGAGACUCUCAGUUCUUGACGAGGAUGCGUUUGGUUAUGACUUCAUCGGGGAAACACGUGUGCCUCUGAAGCGUCUCAAGCCUCAUCAGACAAAACAUUUCAACAUCUACCUGGAGAAACAGCUCCCGGUAAACAAAAAGCUGGAGAAAGAUGACGAUUUAAUGUCGAAUGACCGUGGGAAGAUCUUAGUCAGCCUGAAAUUCUCAACGCACAAGCAGGCUUUGAUCGUGGGCAUCAUUCGCUGUGCAGAGCUGGCUGCUAUGGAUAGCAAUGGCUACUCCGAUCCUUAUGUAAAAGUAUACCUGAAGCCUGACAAAGACAAGAGGUCAAAAUAUAAGACAUCUAUAAAGAAGAGAACGCUGAAUCCCGAUUUCCAUGAGGAAUUUGUGUAUGAAAUUAAACAGAAUGAGUUGGCCAAGAAGACACUGGAGAUCACUGUGUGGGACAAAGACAUAGGGAAAAAUGACUUCAUUGGAGGUGUACAGUUGGGUAUCAAUGCUAAGGGGGAUCGGCUGAAGCACUGGUUUGAAACCCUGAAGAACCCUGACCGUAAGUUUGAACGCUGGCACAUGCUCUCUGCUGAGCUGACCCCUGAGGAUUAGGAGACGUCGCUGCCAAACCAAACAGCACUGCUUCAGUGAGAGAGGUGUGUAUGAGGCAGAGUUCUAGUCAGAUUAAGAUGUAUAAAAAAAAAACUACCAGCAUUUCAGUAGAUUUUUAUGGCUUGAUAAAAUUAUCAGUAGGUCAUAUGUCAUUUCUUGAAGUGUACAUUAAAAUUUUUAGCUGUUGACCUAAUUAUUGAAAAAAUUAGGUCGCUCAGUUUUUUAUUAAACUUGUGAUAUGUUUCUUAAGAAGGCGAUGUUGUCAUCUACUAUUAAUACUGCAGACAUCUUAAUGAUAUAUACAAAGUCAUAUCUUGCAUAAUUGAUGCAUUUUGUAAAGUUAUACUUAUAGCAUGAUAGAUUGGAUAAAAUUUACAAACUAAUUGUAAUUCAUUAUUAUGGUGAAGUUGACAGUUUGCAUUCCUGUUUUUGUCCUUGUGGCACAUGUAGCCUUAAAUGUGUAUGUUAUCAACACAGAGAUUUUUCUUAUUAGCCUUCCCUCUGUUUGGUGGGAUAAAUCUGUGAGACCUGCUAAAUUUACCUCUGUCGUAAAUAGGGCGCCACACGUUCAGAGAGAGCUCACUCAAGUUCCGUAACCAGUGUGAAGUCUGAAAGACCUAAAAUUUGACUCCAUGCAUGUGGUUGGUUCUGAGGGUACUAUUGGUCAUAGAAAGGUGUUUGGAUUUUUGUUUUGAAUUGUAUCCUGAAACUGAAAUAUUACGUUGCUCUGUAUUUGAUCAAUGCUUUACACUUGCUAUGUGUUACAUUCCAACAUUUUUUCAAUUCUUUUUUUCCUUAAUUUAAGAAAUAUGUUUUCUGCAGAUGUAUGUUUAACAUCCUUUCAGCCUUCAGGGGAGUAUAUUAAUUUAAUCAUUCCAGUUUUCUCACAAUUUUUUUGGCAGCUUGGUUUAUAACUGGAAAAUUUGGUUAUAAAAAAAGAGAACUUCACAAGUUUUGUUGGUUGUUUUCUGCAUGUAUUAAUAAGACUUUGUCUUCGAAGAAGAGAAGGUUAUUUUGGACCAGCGCAUUGUGAAGUUGAUUUUGAGAAUAUUUCAUCUGUUUUUUGUUCUUUUUUAUGCAUUAGAUUUUUUUCUGUGUCUGGUCCCUUCUCAUACCAAAUAUAUAAACCUGUAAACACUUUUUAUCUUCUGGUUUAUCAUUCUGUACAUAGAUUUAUUCUUGUAGACAAGGGUUCAGAAUUAUUUAUAUUUAUUCUAAGUAAAAAGUUUAUUUUUUUUUUUGUCUUUUUUUUCAAACUUCACAAUUUUAAGCCACCAUUAUAAACAACGUAUCUGUCUAAUGCACAUUUAAUUAGACUACAUUACUAAUGAAUAAUCUUUGGUUUUGAAGGUGCUCUCUAAAUUUAAAAGUUACAGUAGUUUAUUCAGAUAGUGAGUAGAAUAAUAACUUGUGGUGUUCUACGGUACACCUGUACAUGAGUGACGCUGUAACAGACUGGUGUUUAAUGUGCACCAUUUACAGAAGAUGAAAGUAAGAGUAUAGUAUUGGUUAGUAAUGGCAUGUAGAUUCCUUCAGUGGAUUGAGGAUGUGGAUAUAUAGUAACGGGCAGCCUUCACAAAUCUGAACACAUGAUAAAAACCUGUCAGCUUGGAGCCUGCUUCACAAACUGUACACAAAGUUACAAAUGUGCUUGUAUCUACCAAUAGCUAGUAUUUUGGCAAGUGCACCUUGGUAGUUACCUGUACAUUGUAUAGGUCACUGGGUAUGAUUUGUGAAAUGGGCAUGUGGGGACACUUCUUACUACAAGCCCUCUGGUUUUGAACCCUGUAUAAUAUGUGUAGUGAUGGCUCUAACCUGAAAGGUCAGAGAAUGGCUUCUAAAAUAAGUGACCUAUCAUUACACAUAGCAGGAAGGAUAGACCUGCUGAUCACUGAAUAUAGAUCCUACCCAGUUUUUAAGGUGCUCGCUGGUUGGCCAUUAGAUCACCACUGGCACACUUCCAGCCAGCCUGUAGCAUUCCACUACUAUUCCGCUGGCUGAGUGAUUGCACAAUUUCCUUAAUCCUUCAGCCAGUGUGCCACAGCCGAACCACAUCCCAGAGUCCUCCGUGGAGAGGUGGAAGUCUGGCCAGUUCUGUAUACAGUGAUAGCAGUAGAUGUUCUAGAGGGCAGUAGCAAAGUGCUCACUAAACCAGCUUCAGGGUUGGUCAUGUAAUCUACAUAUUUCGAGCUACAGCAAAAGUUCUGACGGAGCUAAGCGCGCAGAUUUUUGUGUGAUUACACACGGAUAUGAUGUGUAAUCAUAUACAGAUAUGAUUACAGAUAUGAUGGGAUUCUCUUGUCAGCAACGUUUUAACUGUAGCAGAUAAGAUAUGUGGGGGGAUGCUCCUUCGUUCCCAUCCAUCUGUUUGAAAAUGAAAAGUACACGAAUGUCAGUUUCUAUAAUUCCAGGCCAUUAUUUCAUGACAUGGCGACAGCCUUAACUUGAAUAUCUGUCACUUUUUUUAAAUGUCACCUUCCAGGUCACAUGAGAAAAGCUGUAACUGAGAAGCCAUUUUGUGUUAUGUGUAUAUGGAGAUCAGUCUUUAGGCCUUUAAAGCUGUUCUGUUUACAGAUAUAGGCGUUUUAAACUUUCUACAGUGUCAAACACUUUAUUUUACACAAGCAUUUAUUUUGGUGCAGCUUUUCUGCUUUUUAGGAACUCUUACAAACAAUAAGUUUUAUUGUUUUCACAAAAAGUGUUCAAGGUCAUUAAGUUUAUGUUAGGUCAUAUUCAGGGAAAGUUACAUUUGAUCAUAUUUUGAUUAGACUGCAGAAUGUAUUAGAUGUAAAGAUGUUGAUAAUGUUUUUAUGCAUGGAUUUUCUUUCUUUUUUUUUAACUCAAGGUCAUCAUAUUUUAAUUUUCCUUCUGUGUGAACUCUUGUGACAAAUUAUAACCAACAAACAGCAAUGUAAAUUGUGCUUGCUUUGUAUUGAUAUUGAUGAUGCUGAUUGAAUCUGCUGUGGCAUUUUUUAAAAAUUUGGUUGUGAGUUAUUUUAGUGUAGAGAUAUUUCAAAAUAUUUAAAAUGUAAAUUUCUGCCUAUUACCUGUAAUCAGGUUACCAACAGACAGGUUAUGCCUUGUUCUGAUGACAUGUGGCCUCACUUCUACUUUGUAACUGUUAUGUAUAGAUUUACCAUUAAGGUGUGAUGUAAUUCAGUUUUUUCUCAUGGCGUGAUUAUAGUUAAACAUGGUUUCAGAAAUUAGAUACAUUUCUGAUGCGAAAAGAAUGAAGGUAAGACUUCAUGUACAAUGAGACAUGAAUUACUGAAGAUAUACUUGCUGUUAAAAGAAAAGACAACACUAACCAAAUGUACAUAUGUCUCGAUAAAGAGCCACGUUUGAAGAUCGAAUAACUUUUUAUUUUUGUGAUGUGGAACAAUUGUGAUGUCGCAAUUCAAAAUGAGAAAAAUUGUCCAUGUAGGAAAAGUCAAACAGGCCACAGUGCUCUUAGUUUUAACCAAUCAAGGGCAAGAUGUUUCUACCACCUGAGAAGACAUCUGUUCCACUGUGACAUAACCAGUUCCUAGUUCAGCAUUUCAGCAUUUAGAAGUAGUUUUCCUUCUGAUUAUGAGACCGUUCUGAUAUACAUGUACUUUAAAGCCAUUUUCAACGAGAAAGUGGGAGUUAUUCCCCCUAGUUCUCAAUCAGGAAAAUGCUUGACCUUCGCUUGUUAUAUUAAGGUUGACCGUGAGUGUCUCGCCUGUACUACU